AAAAGGAAGAGAAACGUACCUCUCUACAUCAGUCUCCUAUGCACGUGGAGGAGAAAAAAAAAGGCCCUGCUCUUCCUGGAGGGUUAAAAAACAACUGAGAAAAAUGGCUGCAGAAGAUGAGAGAAAUAGAAACCUCCUUCAGGAAGUUUGGAAGAGAAAAGAAAAUGCCAUAUGUGCAGAUUGCGGGCAGCCUGAUCCUUGCUGGGUCUCCUGUACUUUGGGUAUUUUCAUCUGCUAUGAGUGCUCAGAAAUACACCACAAGAUCCCUAAUAUAAGUGAAGUUAAGUCAAUAAAGAAUUGCUGGGAGGAAAGUCAGAUACAGUUUCUGGCCCAGCAUGGGAAUGCACUGGCCAAAGCAACGUAUGAGGCUCAUAUACCUGCUUAUUAUUACCACCCAUUUUACAGCGACUGUCAAGUCCUCAGAGAGCAGUGGAUACGAGCCAAGUAUGAACGGAAGGAAUUCCUGGAGCCAGAGAAAGAAGUUCUUUAUUCCAAUGGACUAAAGGAAGGGAUCCUGUGGAAACAAGGCCGAGAUAAUCAGCUAUAUCAGCCACGCAGAUUUCUUCUGUCUGAGAAAGAGAGAUGUCUGAAAUAUUUCGUCAAACAGGAUGCAAAAGAACCCAAAACAGAAGUUAAAAUUGACACUGUCAAUGCCAUGUUCCAGCCAGAAAAGAUGAGGCAUUCCAAUGGCUUGCAGAUCACUUAUCUUAAACAUAACAAGACUCGCAACAUCUUUGUUUAUCACGAGGAUGGGAAGGAAAUUGUGGACUGGUUCAAUACAAUCCGUGCUAUAAAAUUCCACCACCUUAAAGUUGCCUUUCCUGGCGCUAGUGAUGAGGAGCUGAAAAUCCGGUUGACACGGAAUUUCUUAAGAGAAGGUUAUAUGGAAAAAACUGGACCUAAGCAAAAGGAGUGUUUCAAGAAGCGCUGGUUCAGUCUGGAUCACCGAAGGCUGAUGUACUUCAAAGAUCCUUUGGAUGCUUUUGCUAAAGGUGAAGUUUUCCUGGGUAAUGAGGAACAAGGAUAUAAAGUCAUAAAAGGAUUGCCACAUGACAUGCAGGGUAGGUUCACCUGGAAACAUGGCAUCAUUAUUGUAACUCCUGACCGCAACUACAUCUUCACCUGUGAGACGGAGAAAGAUCAGGAGGAAUGGAAAGCUGUCUUUAGCCAUGUGAUAAAGCAGCCCAUGACGCCCCAGGAGUAUGCAAUUGAAGCUAAUUUUAGGAUCAAACAUUAACAUCUCUGGGGAAGAGUGAGUUGCUGCUGUUAUCUUGGUCUACAGUUUUUGGAUAACACAGAAGAAAAGACUUUCUGGAGUCAAAGCAGCCUAUGCAUUCUCUCAGAACAGGAAGAAACGUUGAAAGAAAUAAAAUCCAUUUGUACCGCCCUCUGCCAAAAUACUGCUGGACAUCUGUCCCUCAAAGUCCUCUGUUAUUUUGACCCUGAACUACACUUGGUAUAGAAAUAAGCAGCACAAAGACUGAUGUAAAGCAGCUGAUGGAUGCUACUGCAGUGCCCUUCAAUAAAUUGAACAGUUUAUUUGCAUUGAUCAAAAUAUGCACAUUCCCAUUUUCGUACUACUAUUGCUUGCUUCUGAUUGGCUGGUGGGCUUUGCAGACAUUGGCAGGAAUGUGAAGGGCCACUAGGAUGAUGGUUGUGUCAGUAUCCACUUGCCUGUCAUUCUGUGAUUAUUCUGAUUCCAGGCCUACCAUUCUUUCCCAUUUUUCUACUUACUCAGGUCCAUAUGAUAGGUUGCCAUCUUUGGUGUGCUUGUGCUCUGAAAUUUUCUUCAAAGGAAAGUGGGGAGGAAAGGGCUAUGGACCUGUCUCUUAAAGCUGCCUGUAGACGAUUGGCAAGCUCCUUUUAAAGGCUGAGGUGUACAAAAUGCUACUUUAUAUUGUCUUGUUCAUUCUUUCAAUUGCAUUCUUUUCACUUUCCCCAGCAAUACCAAUGUGAGAGCCAGCCAAUUUUCUGCUGCCUAUAACUUUAUUGGCUUCCUACCCAAAUGAUAUGAAAAUUCUAGCUUUUCUACAAUGCCCUAAUCAGAGGCGGCAAGACAUAUUUAGACUACACAGCAUCCUUUGUUCCUCACUAUGGUUUGUUAAAGAACCUCAGAACUGUUUCAUUAAAGUUUGAUGACCAAAUGGCUGAUUUUGGCAGUAUACUUUUUAAUGUUUUUUUUUCAAAAACCUGAAAUUUAAAAUGAAUGGGUCAAUGCAUCCAUUUUUAUCUUUAAACGUGCCUCAACCUCCCGUUGCUAUAUAUCACUGUAUCAUUGGAGCAAGUCUCUUUCAUCCUUUGAAUAAAACUAACACCCAAAUGGAAAUGAUUGUAAAGAGCGAGAAGCGUCCACAAGACAUGGUUAAAAAAAAGCCAGUAUAGCAGCUGUGAUGGUGUAAUCAAAAUUUUGCCUGUUUUUUAUGUGUUGUACAUGCAUAAAAUAGAGAUGGAACCUUGAUUUCAUCUUGAUUUUUUUUUUAUCAUAGCCUGCGGACACCCCUGAAAAGGUUGUCUGCCUCAUUGCAUCAAUUCUAUCCACAUUCAAGCAAACUGAACAAACAAGACAGUUUUGAUGAGCCAUAAAAGAUGCAUAUCCUGCUGGGUUCCCAA